UUCAGUGCUAUGCUUGUGAAAAUCCAUGCGCAUGUCCGUACAAGUACAAGCGCAUCGCACUUCUCGAGUCGCCGCCGUCCUCGUCGUCGCCAGAGCCUCGACUCACCUCACAGUCUUCGCCAUAGUCAACUGGGUUGAUACGUCUACAACCCGAUGUCCGACCCCCAGGCAGCAGCGGCAAUAGCAGCAGCUGUUCGCGACUUCAAUACCGAGUUAUGGACGCUGUAUGCGUUCGGCGUCGCCAUAACUAUUCUCAGGACAAUUGCUCGGGUGAAGGCCGUAGGCUUUAGGGAUCUUCAAGCUGACGACUUUAUCAUCUGGAUUGCUAUUUUGCUAUAUAGCACACAGUCGACUCUAGCGUUCUUCGCCGUCAAUCACGGCCAAGGUCUUGCGAAUAAUGGAAUGACGGAUGCCCAGCGAGCUGCGUUGGAUGUUAAUUCAGAGGAAUACGAUCUUAGAGUGUUUGGUUCCAAAAUCCAAGUGGUGGGCUGGACCUGUUAUUGUUGCUUGAUUUUCACGCUCAAGAUGGCAGUGCUCGUUUUCUACGUGCGACUUAUGGAGGGCCUCAGCAAGAAAUUUCGAAUUCGCAUCUGGGCAGGGUUUGGGAUCGUUCUUUCAACCUUUCUCGCAUCGAUUAUAACAAUAUACGCGGCAUGCCGGCCGCUCCAUAAAUACUGGCAGAUCAACCCAGAUCCCGGUAAUAUGUGCCAAGGUGCCGUGGCCAAGCCCAUUGUCUGGGUUACUUUCAUCUCGAGUGUGCUCACCGAUAUCUACCUCAUCAUGAUACCCAUUCCGAUGCUUUGGGGCACGAAGCUGCGGAUGGCAAAGAAGAUCGCCGCGACUAUCGUGCUUGGUGCAGGCGUGUUUGUCCUCAUUUGCUCUCUUCUGAAGACUAUCUUCGUCAUUGUGGAUGCCGAACAUGGCGCCGAGCUUGCUGGCAGAUGGGGCACACGCGAAGCCUUCGUCUCGGUCAUCACCACCAAUCUCCCCAUGAUAUUCCCUCUCGUCCGGGCCUGGCUCAAACCAUUAUUCGGCAGUGGGUUCUUCUCAUCUCACUCGCCAUCCAAGAACCCCGUUGGGUUCCGAACCAUCGGUGGAGGCUACCACAACGGCUCCAACAAGACUGGUGGUAGCCGUGGACGUAAUGACUCUAGUCCGUAUGCAGCCAGUGGUCUAUCAAUCAACGAGAGCGAGGAACGGAUCUUCCAGAAUGUAAAGAUGCAGAAUAUCAGUAUUAAUUCGGAGCCGGUGUCGGAGCUUCAGCGGCCGCGGGAUAUUGUGGUUAAUACGGAGUUCCGCAUGACCGAGGAAAGAUAUAUGCAAGACGGCAAGAAUAAUUCUGGAGGUGUCCACAAGUCUUGAUUGCUUUUGGUUUUGGUACUAUGGGUGUAAUUGGAGUUGGGGAAGGGUUGGCGAAGGGAGUCCUGAUGCUACACCAUUGUAUAGUAUAUAACCGUAGAUAUAAUGGUAAAUAUGAGUUA